UUGAACUCAGAGUUUCUUUUGUCCUCAUGACAACUUGUUUAUUGUUUAUGACUCAGAGGAUGUUUACAGCUGCUGUUUCCACGGCGACAGAUGUUGUUUUCAAUAAACAGAAGAUCAAAGAGAGUUUAAACAUCAGGAGGUAAACAGUGAACACCUGGCUGACACCUGAGCAGGUAAACACACACAGAGACCAGCAGGGGGCGCCAGCAGGUCACUGACUCUCUGGGAGCUGCACUGAGCUUCAUUCACAGCAGCUCUGGUCCUCACAGGGAGGUGAGACGACAGACAGACAGAAAGGUCGCUGUCAGUCCGCCGCUGGUUGGAGCAGCAGCUGGACCCGAACCGGACUUUCUACCGGAGGACCGGAGCGGAGCGGCGGCUCUGAGCGACCUGCAGCCGGAGCGGAGCGCAGCUGAACGGCUUCAGGACGGACCUGAUCCCGGGAGGAGAAGGUCCCGCUGCGGUGUCCACUGCAGGAUGAACGCUCUCUGCUGAACGUCACCUCAGUAUGACAUCAUCAGUCCUCGCUGUGUCUCCACCCCUCCUCCUCCUCCAUCAUCAUCACCACGGUGUCCACUGGCCCCGCCUCCUGCUCUCUCUGUGGCUCUGGAUUGGUGGACAGGUGGUCCAGGUGAGCCCCUCCCACCAGCACUUCCACCCGCACUCCAUAAAGAUCCCCGGUGACAUCACGCUGGGCGGCCUGUUCCCCAUCCACGCCCGCGGGCCCCACGGUCUGCCCUGCGGCGAGCUGAAGAAGGAGAAGGGGAUCCACCGCAUGGAGGCCAUGCUGUACGCCCUGGACCAGAUCAACAGCGACGCCGAGCUGCUGCCCAACAUCACGCUGGGCGCCCGCAUCCUGGACACCUGCUCCAGAGACACCUACGCCCUGGAGCAGUCGCUGACCUUCGUCCAGGCGCUGAUUCAGAAGGACACGUCCGACAUCCGCUGCUCCAACGGAGAACCGCCGCUCAUCCGCAAACCAGAGCGCGUGGUCGGAGUGAUCGGAGCGUCGGCCAGCUCCGUGUCCAUCAUGGUGGCCAACAUCCUGCGUCUGUUCGAGAUCCCUCAGGUGAGCUAUGCCUCCACGGCCCCGGAGCUCAGCGACAACAACAGGUACGACUUCUUCUCCCGGGUGGUUCCUCCAGACUCCUACCAGGCCCAGGCCAUGCUGGACAUCGUCAGAGCUCUGGGAUGGAACUACGUCUCCACUCUGGCCUCUGAGGGCAACUAUGGAGAGAGUGGAGUGGAGGCCUUCAUGCAGAUCUCCAGGGAGGCAGGAGGGGUUUGCAUCGCUCAGUCGGUGAAGAUUCCUCGUGAGCCGACAGCCGGAGAGUUCGAUAAGAUCAUCCGGCGUCUGAUGGAGACGAGUAACGCCCGUGGUGUGAUCAUCUUCGCCAACGAGGACGACAUCAAGCGUGUCCUUGAGGCGGCAAAGCGUGCGAACCUGACGGGUCACUUCCUGUUUGUUGGAUCAGACAGCUGGGGAGCCAAGAGUUCACCGAUCACAGAGCUGGAGGACGUGGCCGAGGGCGCCGUCACCAUCCUGCCCAAACGGACGUCCAUCGACGGCUUUGAUCAGUACUUCGUGUCUCGUUCCCUGGAGAACAACCGCAGGAACAUCUGGUUUGCUGAGUUCUGGGAGGAUGACUUCAGGUGCAAACUGACCCGACCUGGAAUCAAGCCGGACCCCGACAAAAAGAAAUGCACAGGUGACGAGAGGAUUGGCCGGGACUCUACCUAUGAGCAGGAGGGGAAGGUUCAGUUUGUGAUCGAUGCUGUCUACGCCGUGGCUCACGCUCUCCACAACAUGCACCAGGACCUCUGUCCCGGCAUCCCUGGGGUCUGCAGCAGCAUGGACCCGCUGGAGGGACGCUCCUUGCUGGACUACAUCAGAGCCGUCCACUUCAACGGUAGUGCAGGUACGAGUGUUCUAUUCAAUGAGAACGGAGAUGCUCCUGGUCGCUAUGACAUCUUCCAGUUCCAGAUGACCAAUCACAGCCACCCUGGUUACCAUGUCAUCGGCCAGUGGACCAAUAACCUGAGGCUAAAUCUGGAGGAGAUGCAGUGGUCUGGAGGUGACAGAUCUGUUCCAGACUCCAUCUGUAGUUUUCCUUGUAAACCAGGAGAGAGAAAGAAGAUGGUGAAGGGAGUUCCCUGCUGCUGGCACUGUGAGCUGUGUGAUGGGUAUCAGUACCAGGUGGAUGAGUUUAACUGUGAGACCUGUCCAUCAGACAUGCGCCCCGCCCCCAACAGAACCACCUGUCGCCCGACUCCCAUCAUCAAACUGGAGUGGAACUCCCCCUGGGCCCUAGUGCCCGCCUCCCUCGCCAUGCUCGGUAUCCUAGCAACCAGUGCCGUGGUCGUCACGUUCAUCCGCUUCAAUGACACGCCCAUCGUCAGGGCGUCUGGGCGGGAGCUGAGCUACGUCCUGCUGACAGGUAUCUUCCUGAUCUACCUGAUCACCUUCCUGAUGAUUGCUGAGCCAGGUGUGGUGGUGUGUGCGUUCCGGCGCCUCCUGCUGGGCCUCGGCAUGGCCAUCACCUACUCCGCCAUGCUGACCAAAACCAACCGCAUCUACCGCAUCUUCGAGCAGGGCAAGAGGUCGGUGACUCCGCCUAAGUUCAUCAGCCCCACCUCCCAGCUCGCCAUCACCUUCAUCCUCAUCUCCGUCCAGGUGCUUGGUGUGUUCGUGUGGUUCGCCGUCGUCCCUCCUCACACCAUCAUCGACUACGAGGAGCAGCGACCCCCGAACCCUGACUUCGCCCGCGGCAUCCUGAAGUGUGACAUGUCCGACCUGUCAAUCAUCUGCUGCCUCAGCUACAGCAUUGUUCUCAUGGUAACUUGCACAGUGUACGCGGUGAAGAGUCGUGGUGUUCCAGAGACAUUCAACGAAGCGAAGCCGAUCGGAUUCACCAUGUACACCACCUGCAUCGUCUGGCUCGCCUUCGUACCCAUCUUCUUUGGUACCGCACAGUCCACUGAGAAGAUGUUCAUCCAGACGGCCACUCUGACCGUGUCCAUGUCUCUGAGUGCCUCCGUGUCUCUGGGGAUGCUCUACCUGCCCAAAGUCUACAUCAUCGUGUUCCACCCAGAGCAGAACGUCCAGAAGAGGAAGAGGAGCUUCAAGGCGGUGGUCCAGGCGGCCAGAUUGUCUCAGAAAUCAUUAAAUGAGAAACAGAACGGAGAGACGAAGAUUGAACCGGACAGAACGCAGUAAUACUACAGUAAUACUGCAAUAAUACUACAACCUACAGGUACUGAUACUACACACUGCAGUGAUACUACAGUAAUACUACAAUAAUACUACAACUUACAGGUAGAUACUUCACACUACAAUAAUACUACAAUAAUACUACGACCUACAGGCACUGAUACUACACACUGCAGUAACCGUGACACCCUCACAGGUUCUGCUUUGCAGAGUGUAUUCAGCCAAUUAGAUGCCUCCAGGUGUUCAAGUACUGGGAGGAGCCUGUGGGCUUGCUGUGUUGCAUUUAUCAGAUAGUUCGCGGGGCCUCGUUGUGAUCCAGUAAGUAGGUGGGGCCUCGUUGUGAUCCAGUAAGUAGGUGGGGCCUCGUUGUGAUACAGGAGGUGGGCGGGGCCUCGCUGUGAUCCAGUAGGUGGGUGGGGCCUGUGUACUGCUUCCUGGCUGGAGAAGCUGCUGCAGAUAUUUCUGGAAGCUGAUGAAUAUUUCAGCUGCUGGUUAAACUUUGAUGUUUGCAGAUGAAGGUUCUCCUCCCUGAAGAACCAGGACAGUAUCUGAAGCCAGUCAGGUCUCAGCCUGCAGGUGGAACAUGUCUGUUGUUCUACUGGUUCUACUGGCUGACAGCUGGGGAUGAUCUGAAAGCUGCUCAGGACCAGGAAGUUGAAGUGGUUCAGACUGAGCUACUGAAACCUGCUCUGACUGCAGUCUGUUCUCUGCAGAGAACCCUCUGAAGAACUCACAGCUCUUUCCUCACAUGUUCUGCUUUAGAACCGUUCAACGUUACAUCAGGUUGUUCUGCUUCAUAAAGAUAAACUCUCUUUUUAAACCAGCUGAAAUAAAGCAUAACUGAUGUUUGUGUCUCAUCAGGUAGCUGCUGACCAAUCCCUGUGUAGAUCCUGAUGAUGUCAUCAUGAAGAACACACACACACACACACACACACACCCACACACACACACACACGCACACACACACACACACACACACACACACACACACUUGUGUAAACUAUCCUCUGGGCUUUUAUUUCACUGUUUUUAAGACAGAACAUUAAAAAAUAAAAAAAUUAAUGAAAACAAAGCUCCUUCAAGAACCUUCUCAGAACCUCCUGGUUCUUCAUCUCCAGUAACUUUAUUAAUGAUCAGAGUUCUACCUUCAUACUGGGAAUAUUUCCAGAGUUCCAGGUCCUUGAAGUCCAUAGAGGAGAACGUCCCCUGGAGAAAGUUCUAGAGUAGACCUACCGACAACUUGGUAGGUCUACUCUAGAACUUUCUACAGUUGUCGGUAGGUCUACUCUAGAACUUUCUCCAUUUGUCAGUAGGUCUACUCUAGAACUUUCUCCAGUUGUCAGUAGGUCUACUCUAGAACUUUCUACAGUUGUCGGUAGGUCUACUCUAGAACUUUCUCCAGUUGUCGGUAGGUCUACUCUAGAACUUUCUACAGUUGUUGGUAGGUCUACUCUAGAACUUUCUCCAGGGGACGUUCUCCUUUCCUGCUUCCAGUCUUUAAGUUUAGUCUCACUUAGAACAUUCCAGGUCCUUGAGGUCCAUAGAGGUGGGUCCAGAUUUAUCACUUUUUAAUGGACUUUUUCAGAACUUCAUCAGUCCAGCAGAUAGAACCAUGACAUUUAGGAGGAGAAACAUCUGAAUUGUGGUAGAAACUGACUCCAGAUCAGUUUCGAUCCAUCCAGGUGUCUCGUUUAUCUUUUCAUGAACUGAUCCAACCGUUUCAUCACCGCCUGAUUCAAGCAGCAGAUUCUGAUCAGAACUUGAGGUUCUCCAUCACCUCCACCUCUAGAACCAGCAGGACUCACCUGAGGAAGACGUUCACCUUUAACCCAACAGAACCUACAAUCAGUCACAACAGGUUCUUUAAGGAACCGUUUUCUGGGUAGUGUCACGCGGCAGGGGUGAACCCAAGCUGAGAACACACAGACUCACGGCAGAACUAGGUGGAAAAUCAGGAUUUAUUUAAACACAAAUUAUAUCAAAACGGAAGAACCAAGGGGGGAAAUGAAGAACUAAACGGAAGGGGAGAAUAACUAUGAAACUGAAGCCAGGAAUAAACUAACUGAGACUCACAAACUGGGCUGGACGAGGAGGGGGGACAGGCUGCCGGAGACCGAUGGGUCAGGAGCACAGCGCCGGUGGUGUGGGUGGUGGCAGAGAGUGGCUAUGGUGGUCUGGAGAAUGUCUGGGGGGGAGCUGAUCCACUGAGCGGGGCUGGGUGGAAUCCAAAGGCAGGCCGGGGAGAGUCCGAGAGGUGGUGAGAUGACAAGGUUGGGGGGAAUCCAGAGAGGGGGCUCAGGGUAAUCCUGGGCAAGGCUGGGGGUCCAGAUGUAAAGCAGGGCAGUGAUGCAGCACCGGGCAGCGCGGACCAGUGGGUGACUGCAAACAGACAUAAAUAUUAGUGAGAAGCACAGGAACCACAGGAGUAAAAGGUGCAGGGACCAAACUGACUGUCAGAGCUGAAGCUGGGACAGAGGAGGGGGCCCUGACAGGUAGUUCAGAUACAUCCACCUGGUUCUACACUGGUUAGAGGACUUGAAGACUGUUUCGGUGAUUUUAGGGUUCCUUCCAUUCAUGACCUGUUGAGGUGUUUCUGGUUCUGUUGGAUCCAACAGCUUCACCUGAGAAAACGGUUCUGAAAGGUUCUACAGGGGUCUCAUGGUUUGUUCCGGUUCUCCUCACCUGUGAGGUCCAGGUGUGUCACUGUGGUCCCAGCCAUCCUGAAACCAGCUGAUCUGAGGAGCCAAUCAGAGCUCGUCUCUGGUUGUCCUGCUGCUGCUUUUAAAGCUCCUCAUUUAUUUAUUCGUUUCUUCUUCUUCAGACAGAAUUUAAUAUUUCAGACGGAGCAGGUGAUGAAAUUUUAGUCUGAUCUCACCGACCUGCAGCUGCUGGACCAGAACCAGAACCUGAUCAGAACCAGACCUGAUCAGAACCAGACCUGAUCCAGAACCAGAACCUGAUCAGAACCAGACCUGAUCCAGAACCAGAACCUGAUCAGAACCAGAACCUGGUCAGAACCAGAACCUGUCCCUGUCGAGUCUCUCAGUCAGAUUUCUCUCUUCCCAGUCCAUAGGUCCAGAAAGAAAGAUCAGAGGAAAUACUCUGUUAGAAGUAAUCUGAUUACUGUGAGGGAUACAGUUCAGAUUGAUGUGAUGUUUCAUAGAUUCACUUUUAAACUCUUGGUUCUAAAAGACAUUCAGCUGGAGAUGGAUCAGUUUGAUGUUAAAUUCAGUCUAACAUCUCAGAGUGAAGCUGCUGGAAUCAACAAAAGAAGAACCUUUAAUUCUGAAAUCCAGUGUUGUCCUUUCACAAUAAAAUGUCUUGUGAGGGGCUCAGAGGCACGUCGGCAGCUGCAGGAUUCAACCUCCACUGUUGCGUUUCUCUUCCAACAGUCAGGUUUUCUCCAGACAGAAUGUUUUUAUCUCUGGUUCUCCAGCAUGUUUAAAUGUUGUGAUCAUGAAUUAUUAAAUCUUUCAGAUGAAUUUAUGAUGAUGGUGUUCAUGUUCAGGACAUUUCUGUCAUAAAAACACGGAUCAGGUGGAAUUUCAAGGACUUCCAUGAUUUUACAGAUAGAUGAAAAAUAAACGUCCUCCACCAGCUGAACAUGGGCUGGUGUGGCGUGUUUCAUAAGUGUUCUGGUGUCCACACGAGCUGUUUCUGUAUUUACUGUGUUUCUGAACUCCAUGUUUCUGCACUGACAAUUAAAACCUGACGCUUCUGUUCAA